AUGGCGAGAUCCACGGCGCUUUCUCUGCGUGCCUUCCUCGCGUUUGCCGCUGGCGUGUAUUCGCAGUCGUGCAUUGGCACCGACGGGGCCAAGGUUUACGAGGCCGAGGACGGCGUCCUCUCCGGCACGACGGUUGACACUGCCCAAGCUGGCUUCACUGGCACCGGAUACGUGACUAGUUUCGAAGACGACACCGACAAGCUCACCAUCAACGUUGACUGCACCGGUGACGGCCAGAAGCUCUUCGAUCUUAGCAUCAGAUACGCCGGCAUUUAUGGUGAGAAGCGCACCAAUGUUGUCCUCAAUGGCGGUGCUGCCAGUGAGGUUCUCCUGGCUGCUGGCGAGACGUGGGCGAAUGUCUCUGCUGGUCAGGUCCUCCUGAACCAGGGCAACAACACAAUUGACAUCGUCAAGAACUGGGGAUACUACCUCAUUGACUCCAUCACCCUCACGCCCUCCGCCGCCCGCGGGCCCCACAACAUCAACGAAGCCCUCGUCAACGCCAAGGCGAACACCGACGCCAACGCCCUGUACAAGUACCUCCGCUCCAUCUACGGCAAGAACAUCCUCUCCGGCCAGCAGGAACUCUCCUACUCCAACUGGGUCAACGAGCAGAUUGGCAAGACCCCCGCCCUCGUCAGCGUCGACCUGAUGGACUACUCCCCCAGUCGCGUCGAGCGCGGCACCGUCGGAACCGCCGUCGAGGAAGCCAUCACCCACGCCGAGCGCGGCGGCAUCGUCUCCGUCCUCUGGCACUGGAACGCGCCCACGGGUCUGUACGACACCGAGGAGAACAAGUGGUGGAGCGGUUUCUACACGCGCGCCACCGACUUCAACGUCGAGACUGCACUCGCCGACACCACUAACGCCAACUAUACCCUCAUCAUCCGCGACAUUGACGCCAUUGCUGUGCAGUUGAAGAAGCUGCAGGAUGCCGGCGUGCCGGUGCUCUGGCGCCCGCUGCACGAGGCCGAGGGCGCGUGGUUCUGGUGGGGUGCCAAGGGCCCUGAGGCGUGCAAGAAGCUGUACGCUUUGUUGUACGACCGCCUUACGAACCACCAUGAGCUGAACAACCUUAUCUGGGUCUGGAACUCGGUCGCGGAGGCCUGGUACCCCGGCGAUGAGACUGUUGAUAUCCUCAGCGCUGAUGUCUACGCCCAAGGCCACGGACCGAUGACCACUCAAUACAACGACCUCAUCGCUCUCGGUGGCGACAAGAAGCUCAUCGCCGCGACGGAGGUGGGCAGUGCUCCCUUCCCUGAUCUCCUUCAGGCGUAUGAGGCUCACUGGCUGUACUUCUGCGUCUGGAGUGAUACCUUCAUCAACAACGCCGAGUGGAACAGCGUCGCGGAUCUGAAGACGAUCUACGAGAGCGAGUACGUGCUCACCUUGGAUGAGAUCCAGGGCUGGCGUGGCUGA